UGUGUACAGUACACACUUAGCUCUGAUGCUAAAUGCUAACACUGUCAGAAUUUGAUCUGAUAAAACCGCCUCAUUUCUGUUCGUAUUUGACUGUAUUUUCCCGCUUCGUUUUGGAUUCACUGGCUUCUCCAUCUGUCCGCUUUAUAAUGGCACUCGACGGAAGAUGGAAGUAGUGUCUAAUCUCGUUUCUUUCACCUUGUCCAAAGUUUUUCAGCUGUCAGGGCUCGAUCAAAACUGUAAUGUCUUGAAAACUAAAAGGAUGGAGGAGAAAGCACUAGAAGUCUACGAUGUGAUCCGCUCCAUUCGGGACCCAGAGAAGCCAAACACAUUGGAGGAGCUGGAGGUGGUGACGGAGAAGUGUGUGGAAGUGCAGGAGCUCGGGGAUGAAGAGUACCUCAUCAUCAUCAGGUUUUCCCCAACGGUCCCUCACUGCUCGCUGGCUACUCUCAUCGGUUUGUGCUUACAAGUUAAACUGCAGAGAUGUCUACCAUUUAAACACAAGCUUGAAAUUUACAUUUCAGAGGGAACCCAUUCCACAGAGGAGGACAUUAACAAACAGAUCAACGAUAAGGAGCGAGUGGCAGCGGCGAUGGAAAACCCAAACCUCCGAGAGAUCGUAGAGCAGUGUGUGACCGAACCAGACGAUUGAGAAGAAAAAAGAGAAAAGAAAACGACAACAUUCAUCUUUAGACAAGCCCCACUGUGGACCGUUUUAUAAAGACUUAGACAACAAUCGUCGCUUUAGACCGCUGUCCAUGUGUGUCCUUUUGAUAAAUGCACUAUAAUCAUUUAAAUGUGAUUUUUAUAUAUGUGGUAAACGUGCCAUUAAGUAGAACAUUGUGGAAAUAUUUUGUGAAUAAAAUCCUUAAAAUGCAUAGAUGAAUAUAUUUAUUAAUCCUAGACGUGUGCAGUGGUGCCGGGGCAUUUAAAGGAGCUGUACCUGAUUUUUUUCAUGUAAUAUUUGUUUUGCAGUACAGAUAUACAGUAAAAGCAGUUAUAGGGUCAAAAUGAUAAAACUAUGUGCUGCCUGCAUCUAAUUAUAAAGCGGUUUUGUCUACCGUGAACUAGGAAGUAAUGCUGGUGCGCUGUUAGUAUGCUAGUUGUUGUCUGCGUUACCAUGACAGCAAAGCUCCUCUCUGGUCUCUAAAAGUUGGGAAAAGUAAUUAUAAACUCAUCAUGGUGAAUAACUGGGAUGCUUAAAAUACAUUAGUACAUUAAUACAAACCACUUCAAACUGUUUUUCAUGUUUUUUAAGACAGUAACAAGGUACAGUGCCUUUUAGUAGUGAAAUAGUUUAACUUUCCGUUCUGUUUUAUUGCACCUGGAAAUGUUAUAAUAAAAAGACAUAAGAGUUUGAGCCCUAUGUUUUGUGUCACUUUGUAUCAGAUAUCGAUUAAGAGAAAUAUAUGGUUAUAGUAUUUUGAAUGUUUAUAUAUACAUGUCAAAUUUAUAGAUUCCCUAUUUCCAUGUCACAAAUCCACUCAAAUCAAAUCGUUCUGUGCAUACUGCAGUUGGCAAAUCUUCGUGCAAGAAGCUGUUCACGUGUUCAAACAACUAUGGAUACAAGAUACAAUACUACGAGACUAUUUUAACUACAAACUUUUAAGGAAAUGUACACAGCACUUGCACGCCUUUUUCAAACUUGUGAAAUUCAUUCUCUUUCUCUCAUUCUAAUAAACAUUACUUUUUUUAUAUAUAAGUGUAUCCUAAAGUGUCUUAAAUGUGUGGUAAUUUGA